AUGACUGCGCUCACUCCUCUGCUGCCCCCACGUCCACUGUGCUUUUCCCUGCCUUCUAAGUGGAGCAGUGGCACUCACCCUGCGCUGCACCUCUCGCCUUGCCUGCGCUGUCCUCCAGUAUUCGCCCCUCCCCUGUCGCCAUCAUCACCGCACGCAUUUCCUCUCCCCAUGGACAAGAUGCGAGAGGAGGAGAUUAGUCACCUUGCUGCACUUCGCCCCAUUUGCCCCCUCCCCAUCUCCCCUCCAUCUCCUCUCCCCAUCUCCCCUCCCCCACUCCUGACCUCUUCUCUACCCCAGCAACGCUCCGCACUACACUACCUCCCCCCCCCCCCCCCCCCCCCCUUGUUUUCCGCCUUCUCCCCCCUCCACCCUCUCCACUUGCCCAUCCGCCUGCCGCCCGCGCAAGUGGCGUUGGCAGCUGCAGCGCAGGAGGCGCGGCGUCCCGUUGCACGCCCCCACCACACGCUGCACACUCCCACCUCACCCACGCCCUUCCCUGCUCUCCGCCGCACUGCUGCUUGGAGCUGGACCUGA